CUGUCACUGUCAGUAGUGUCAAACUGUCAAAGUUUUAUAAAAAUUGAACAAAACAUUGAGCAAUUCAAUGCAUUUUCAAUAUUCUGUGAUUUAAUCCGGUUUAUUUUAUUGUAUAUCGUUGUAAUUUAUAUCCACUCGAUUGAUUCAACAUAUUAGUACUUCAAGCCACUUACUGCACAAUGUCGUCGUUCCAAGAUCGACAAAAAAGUCUCUUUAACCAGUUAAAAGAUGCUGAAGACCAAUACAGCUUUUCCAAAACAAACAAAGCAGCACCGCAAGACUAUGGAACAAUCGAUAAAUACACAUACAAGAAACUGAAACACGAAAUGAAACAAUUCAGAGGCAGGGAAAGUAUAUACAAAAGGGCUGAGGCUAACAUUCGAGAAUGCCUCAAGGCAAAGACUAUUCCUGACCACAUUAAAAACCCUCAGAGAUACAAAUACUACUCACUAGCCGAUGUGACUCCUGAACAAAUGUCUGACUCCACAAACACUGCUACAGCAUUAGCACUCAUCCGUGAGCUAGAAGAAAGGAAAGCAGCUGAAACUGCCAUGGAGACAGACACAGAUGAUGGUGUUUUCAAAAAACCAACAUUCCACAUUUCAUCAUCUCUAAGAAAGUCGCCCAAACCAGAAGAAAAAGCUAUAUUUAAAAGCAGUAAAGUGAUAAUGCCAGAGUAUGUUGUGGGAGUCACCAAGAAAAAAGAGAAGAAAGUGAAUUUACCUAAAAAGGAUAGUUCUAAGAAUUCUGAAGCUUCUGGCACUAAGGUGGCAUUAAAGUUAGAUCAUCUUUUUGAAGAUGAAUAGUUUUUCGAUAAUGUUUAAUAUUUAGUAUUAUGUUUUAUUAUAGUAAUAAAGUGACUUUUUACACUUCACUAUUGUUUUUGUAAAGAUUAUGAAUAGUCCAUGAAAAUAUUAUAGACCAAAUUAUUAGUUUUAGGCUUCAGUCCUCAUAGCGUUUUGAUGAGUAGGACAUACUAGGCAUGACUUGUAUUACUGCAUAAUUAUGUCUGUUACACUAUUGUAGGCAAGUCAAUAGUUAUACGCUUUCUAAAUAGCUUCAAUAAGAAGACUUAGAAAUACAAUGAAAAACGUCAAAUUAAAUUAGUCGAUGGUCAUAGGUUGACAACUCGUAACCCACAUUUUUUCACAAAAUGAGUUAUGUACGUCAAAAAUUUUUAAAUUAACCGCCGAAUCUUUCUAUUGAUAACUCGUAAUUCACAAAAAAUGUCGUUCGAACAAUUUAUGCCAGAGUUGACAACUUACAACGAACAUGUAUCAACUUGGACUCACUAUUGCGCGAGUUACGAGGUGUCAACUCAAAAUGCAGUCCGCAAAGUUCACUGGCAGAGUAACAUAACGGCAUGGGUUUUAAUUGUUUAAAAAUAGUUUUACGUUUUAUUACAACUUUAAAUACGUCUUUAUUUCCGAAAAGUGUCCUUGAAGGUAUAUUGGUAAGUUUUUAUUUCUAUUUUACGUAGAACGCUCAAUAAAAGCUCACUAUUGAAAUUUUUACUUUAUCAUCGAUAACUUGUUUGUAUUAUUGAGUUAUUUAACCAUAUUUUAUGUUAUAGCAGCCCAAGUCCUAAAACUCGGAAAACAUUGUCGAAGUUAGGUAUACCUGAUGCAGAAUCUCCUACGAUUUUAAAUUCAUAUGAUUUUGAAAUUGGAAAUUUUCAUGUCGUUGAGGAAACACGAACUGAUACAGACUCUCCUACUAUUUUGAACUCGUAUGGUUUUAACUUAGAACCUGGAUUAUCAACUUCUCUUGUAUUAGCCAUGAGUAGUAGAACGAGGGAUGAUGAUAAAGACCCGGAUCAGACGUCCUGCUCUUCAGAAGAUGAGUGGUAUGAUCGAGGCGAAUAGUACUGGAAGGAAGACAAAGAAAAGAAAAGGCUUAGCUGAUGUAGAGCAUUGGAAAGCGCGCAAAGGAAAUACCAGAAGAGAAGCGUCACUUCAAUAUUACUUAAAACAAAAUGACGACAUCAAAAUGUUAAAAUAUGACUUUUUCAAAAAAUAUGAUGAUCUAAAAGUGAUGCGUUAUGAAAGUAUUAGUAGUAGGCCUGGAAAGAAAAAGGGAGAGCCUGUUGUCAAUGAUCUUAAAGUUUUACUGUACGAACCAGAUGCCAAAAUUUAUUAUAGAAUUGACAUUGAAUGAUAAAAUUGACAAUGAAAACUAUUCUUUGUUACCAAGUAGACCAAGA